GGGUUGGUUUACAGUGCACAAAGGCAAGGCUGUUGAUUGGUUACCAGUCAGUUCAUUCACAUGUAAAUCAGACCUCAUAAAUGUCCCCCUUCAGUCGCCCACUUUGCACAGUAUAUGUAGUGCUUGUUAGCACAGACUUUUGUCUCGAAUUGAACCCGCCAACCAUCUGCCCUCCAUUCAGGCGUCCUCUCAGCGGUCUCUUUACUGCAGCAAUAUGGCCCCUGCGUCCCGCAGUAACAGACAAGAGGAGGAUCUUUACGGAAUAAAAGACAGAAAGACGAGGAAGCCGCUGGUGGAGAAAAAGAGACGCGCCCGCAUCAAUGAAAGUUUACAGGAGCUGAGGCUACUGCUAGCCGACCCGGAUGCGCAGGUAAAAAUGGAGAAUGCAGAGGUGUUGGAAAUGACCGUGAAGCGCGUGGAAAGUAUCCUGCAAAACAAAGAGAAGGAAGCUGACAGCGUGAACCGCGAAGCUAACGAGCGCUUCGCCGCGGGAUACAUCCAGUGCAUGCAUGAGGUGCACACCUUCGUGUCCGGCUGUCCGGGAAUCGACGCGAGCAUCGCCGCCGACCUGCUGAACCACCUCCUGGAGUGCAUGCCUCUGAACGACGAGGAUCGCUUUCAGGACACCCUGUCAGAUCUCGUGCCGGACUCUAGUAACUGUGGCACUUGGCCUGGCGAGGCGACAUACGCUGCGUUGUCGCCCGGAGACAGGAGCGUGGUCACCAGCGGCUCCUCAGCCUUGUCCCCGGCCCCCUCCACCACCUCCAGCGACGACCUUUGCUCUGACCUGGAUGACACGGACACGGAGCACAGCCGAGUCUCGGUGGACGCCAGGGAGCAAGCGCCAAGCGUGCCAACCGUGCAUCUCUCCAAGUCCAUGUGGAGACCUUGGUAGACAGAUGCUUCUGGAGAUCCCAGUUGAUUCAUGAACAGUAUCUUUUUAGUUUAGAGCUAUUAAAACAUGCAAUAGUCCAGGAGCACCUUUAUGAUAAGACCACGGACAGUUCUACAUAGGAAUAGGGCAGCUGCAACGUUUUUUGUCGUCGACCUGUGGAUACGUUACCCCUCAGAAGCUCUUCUUGGUGCAACAAUGUGCAUUUCAGUCCAGUUUUACACAAAAAAAGUUCGUAUUUUUAUUUAAUUUUGUAUAAGCCAAGUUAAGCAACACUGUAAGGAUAAAUAAUAUUUC